GCUGUCCUCAUCCGCCAGUCGACAUAGAUCCCCGCGGUUUGCUACUCAGAUAAUACAGCAUUUUACCCGUAGCUGCAACCUGAUGUCGUUUCGCAGUAUCUAAGGUGAUAAAUUCAUCAAUUCAGUGACAAUCAAAAUCCGCCUCGUUCGGUUUCUUCGCUCGGUUGAAAUUGGACACCGCUGAUGUUUUAGCGUCCAUCUCUUCUCGUAGGCUGGUGCUGCGGAGGGAUACUCCGUUGGAGACCGACAAUGUGGAGGCUGUUAAAAUGUCUACUAGGAAAAUGAAAUGGUUACAAUUUCGGCGACAAUAAGAAAACGGACUAACGCAAGAGUUAUGGUUCCGUCGAGAGACACUGUUUCAAUUUCGUGACGAAGACGACGGCGAGACGAGGCGGCGGAGGAGUGGUUCAUAUUGUCUUUCCUCAUCUUCAUCAAGCCCACGGUCCGGACCACGGGGAAGGAUCCUAUCCCCAACUUUGUUUUUCUCUCUACUCCAGGCGUUCAUUUCCCUCUGUUGGAUGCCAGAUAAUUGAAUCCAGUCACUUGCUGAGACUGAAAGGGCCAAGUGAACAGCAGCAGAGAAUGGCUGCAGUGGGAACAGACAAGGAGCUCAGCGACUUGCUGGAUUUUAGCGCGAUGUUUGCGCCACCAGUUUCAAAUGGGAAGAACCGGCCGACUACUCUUGCGAGCAGUCAGUUUGGAGGUUCAGGUAUAGAUGAGGGGAGCGGGUCCAGUCCCUGGGGACCGGGAGAGCAGAACAGUCCCUCUUUCAGCCAGGCACGGGGUUAUGGAGAGGGAGCUAUUUACAAUGAUCAUGAGGGCAUUGCCUCUGCCCCCUUAUUUGGACCAGGGAUUGGGAAGCCUGAGCGAGGACCAUACUCUUCGUUUGUAUCACAGCCGGGCUUUAUGCCCAAUGAGAUGCCCAUGCCCAGUCCUGAUGCCCUCUCCCCGUCUGGCCUAAAAUCCAACUCCCAGUUCUACCCCUAUCAGGGGGCCAACCCUCGCAGGAGACCUCCACAAGACAGCAUGGAUCCUCAGCCAAAAAAGAUCAGGAAGGUGCCCCCUGGCCUGCCCUCCUCGGUGUAUGCAUCAGCCUCAGGAGAGGAUUUUAACAGAGAUGGCGCUGGGUAUCCUGCUUCCAAGCCAGGAAAUGUCUACCCAUCAUCUUUCUACAUGCAAGAAGGCCUCCACCCCACCCCUGAUCCAUGGGGCUCUGCUGGGUCGAUGGUUCAGCCUGGUUACUCUGCUGUGUUGGGCCAGCAUGGUCCCUUCCCUGGCAUCAACCCCCAAGACAGACUGAAACGGCAGCCACUGCCCCUCUCCCCCCAAAACUACCCCCUGCAUGGCAGCGAGGUGAACGGGACUCAUCCCUCUGGCUUCCACUCUGGCUCCAGCAGCUACGGAGUCCCCAACCACACACCCCCUAUCACUGGUGCUGACACUAUUAUGGCCAAUCGGGGAACAGCCCCAGGAAGUUCAGGCGAUGAGAUUGGAAAAGCGCUUGCAUCUAUCUACCCCUCAGACCCAAACAGUAGCGCCUUCCCUCCAUCUCCGUCUACACCUUCCGGCUCCCCCCAGGCCAUGUCCGGCUCUGCAUCCCAGUGGACCAGGUCCUCUGGCCAGGCGACACCCUCUCCAAACUUCGAGGGUGGAAUUCAGGCCCUGCAGAACAAAAUGGAGGACCGUCUGGAGGAAGCCAUCCAUGUUCUUCAGCGUCACGCCAGUGGGCAGGGAGGGCCAGGACUGGCUGACAUGCACAGCCUGCUCUCGUCUGGCAUAGGACUACCACCCGCCUUCAACAGCGCAGGGCUGGGACUGGCCAGUCGCCUGCCUGGACUGGUUUCCAGUCACCAUGAAGACUCUGUUGGUGUGCCCUCUAGUGGUGGACUUUUGCAUGGUCACCAUGGCCCCUCCUCAGUCCAGCCGGGCUCUCAGCCUGAAGGUUUUACUGGCCUGCCCGGUAGCAUAUCCCGCUCCAGUGCCAAUGAUAUCAAACGAGAGGACAAGGAGGACGAUGAGAACUCUUCCAUUCCUGACAAGUCUGAGGAUGAGAAAAAAGACUUAAAGGCCCGCAUUCGAACAAGCAGCUGCAGCGUUGUCUCGGUGACUGAUGAGAACCUGACUGCAGAGGAGAAGGAGCAGAGGGAGCGUGAGCGCCGCCUAGCUAACAAUGCUAGGGAGAGGGUGCGUGUGCGUGACAUUAACGAGGCCUUCAGAGAGCUGGGCAGGAUGUGUCAGGUCCACCUCCAGAGCGACAAGGCCCAGACCAAGCUCAUCAUCCUGCAACAGGCUGUCCAGGUCAUACUGGGCCUGGAGAAGCAGGUGCGAGAGCGCAAUUUGAACCCGAAGGCUGCCUGCCUGAAGAGGAGAGAGGAGGAGAAGGUGUCUGGUGUGGACCCCCAGAUGCAGCUUGGAGGGGGCCACCCUGGUCUGGGGGGCGAUGGACACAACCCUGUGAGCCAUAUGUAAUUCUCAGUUCCUGUUGAUUGUACAGCCCUUAGAACACGUGGCCUUAAUCUAUUAUUGUCAUGCAUCUCAGUGUGUGUAAAUCAGCAUAAGGAAAGCACACACAAACACACACACCUCAUCACUGACAAAGCAGGUGGCCACAUUCCUGACCAUGAAUACAAGAGUAACAAGCACACUCACACAGAGAAAAUUUUAAUGAGUCUUUACCAUAACAAAACCUUGAACUGAGGAGACUGGUUUGGAGACGGUGAAAAUUGGACAUAUGGAGUUUAUGUCUAAUGGUCAUGUUUUUGUAAGACAUUUUUAAAAAGUUGCUUUACAUGUUGGGAGCAAACUUGUUUGGAUCAAAUAGGACUUUUGGAUCAAUUGCUCUUGUGAGCAAAGUUUUGAUUUGUAUCCUUGGAUAGUUAUUUGGCAUUCCCAUCUGAAAAGGAGGUCUUACAUUCAUUACAAGCAAAGAGGACACCUGACUAUAUAUUAUGUUUGAAUAAUACCUAUGUCUGAACAUUUGCCUAAUUGUAGGCUUAAUGCAUAGUGUUUGGUAGGAUGAAAAUGGCCAUCAUUAUCAUAUUUUUCUUUCAUAUGACUGAAAUACAAAGGUAGGUUGGAGAUUUCCAGCUAUGCUAACAGCAUUUAAAGGACUGGACAGUCAGAGGACAGACUCCUCUUGCUGGUAUGCUGGUAAUUCUUGGCUGUAUUUUUAUUUUUUAUUGGUGGCUGAAAAGGUGCCACAGUCACUGACUUUAUGUACGUGGUGGGUAUUUUUAUUUUUUGUUUUUCAAAUGGCGGAUCCCUCAGCCUUCUAUGCCCAAGUCCAGUACAUCUAUCGGUUAUGUCACUGCCAUGCAAAUGGAAUGGAAAGACUGCCAGAGAGGGAUCUGCCACCCACUCACACAUGAGCAAGAACUCAUAAUGAAUGCAGAAUCUGCAGUGAUGAUGAUGAGUCACAUGGUGGUGGACACUGUCAUCUCAAGCAUCCUUUUGCAAGACUGCUAGUGGACUGAAGCAAACAGGAAGUGGUCCUCACAUCAUCGUUCACUGUCAUGAAGUCAGUUACCGGCUGCCUUGCCGUCGGCCACAGCGUGUGGACGUGUAGGCAGUGCGCACCUUCGGCCUUGAGUGCAGCCAGUGUCACAUCAGCUUGGCCCUGUCAUCGUGGCUGAAGACUCUUUCUUACAAAUAUGGUGAACUCACAUGUCCAGGUAACAAAAUAUGAAGACUUAUUGUAAGACUCAGAGCAGUCUGUAUUUUGGUAAACUACAUUUUGCUGGAAAAGUAAGAUGGAAAUGGUAGAUGAGUAUUGAAAGGGAUCACGAGUGUUAUUGCUACCUUCUGGUGACUUCACCUAAUUGCCAUUGACUGAUAUUUUUUUUUUUUUUUUUUUUGGUUGUUGCUCUGUAGUAUAAACAGAGCCUUUGGUGUUUGUUUUUCCCCUAUUGAACAACUGCAAAGCCUGUUUGUAAGGAUCUUCCUUUUUGUAGAAUUGAUUUAUCGUUCUGUUUUCUUUUUUUAAAGUUUUAUUUUUAUUUUUUACUUUGUAAGAUAGUUGUAUGAGUUUUUACUUUUGGAAUGCUUUUUUUUUUCUUUUUGUUUACAUUGUUUAAAUGUAAGACAACUCUCAAUUUAGACUCCAGGAACAAAGUGAGGUGUGUUCUGUCAUUCUGAGCACUUUGUGCCAGGUGCUUAGUUGUUUAGAAAUGUUGAAAUUAUCUGGCUGUAACAUCACACAAUUGUGGUAAUUAUUUUCUUUGAAAGCCUGCUUCAACAACAAAAGAAAAACAAAACAAAAAAAAACUGUCGGGCCAGUUACAAUUGAAGUGUUCCGGUGUUUGCAAGACAUAACCUGGUAUAUAAUUUCGCUAAAAACUGAGUACAUGGAAGAUUAUUUUGUCCUUCAGCAUACCUCCCUCCCACUUUAACCGGUGUCCAGUUCCCUAAUGAAAUUGUUGGUUAUUGUGAGGAAGGGUCAUUCUGCACAAUCUGCCACAUAAUUCAAUGUUUCAUUAUGACUGCAUAUGAAGCAUAAAAAUGAAUCAAAAAGGGUGGCCUUAGUCAUUUUCCUGACUUUGGGAGUUUUGAUAAUGGUUACUCACCAGUGCCUGAAUACUUCUCUGCUACACGGUGGAUGAUGUUGCAUUUGAGGAUUUAUAGGUUGUACCUUUUUAUAAUACAGAUGUAUAAAAAAAAAAAAAAGAUUUACUUGGGUAACAUUUGACAAUGUCUCAGCACAUCUCAAUGAAGAAUUACACUCAUUGACGACACUGAACACUUCAGUGUCUGCUUGUGUCAUUAGAUGUAGUAAGUUGAUGGAGAACCUUACGUCUACAACUUUGACUAUAAUGUGACGCUGAAAACUGUACUUAAAAUUUCUCAUCUAUUAUGUACUGAAUUUGUUAAAGAAAUAUAAUUUCAUCCUUGACUGGCAUGUGCAUUGAUUUAUAUGUACAGCGGUAUAUGUCCUCAUCAGCUUUAUCAUUGUAAGCUGAUACUGAUAUGUAACAGUAUUUGGUUUACCUCUAUUUGUCAUUUUGUUUCAUGAUCACAAAUAUCCCCCGCCCCCCCCAUGGACUAGCCCCAAACAUUAUUUUCCUCUUGUCACUUAUUUAGCUCUCUCCCAGAGUUUGUGCUCUUCAACAGAAAUGGAAAAUUGCUACUAUACAUUGCUACUUUUCUUUUACGUACGAGAAAGAUGACUACAGUAUCCAUUGAAUUUCAUUUUCAAAACACACCUGGUAUUUUUUUUUUCCAAUUUUAUUUUUUCUGUCCAGGGGAGUGGACAAACUUUGUCCCUCUCUGUCCUCCACAACAGAUAACCUGCUACAAAACUCACUGUCUCACUCAUGUUUGGGGACAACAUCUAUGUAGGCUAUGUCCUCAAAGUGCCUCCAGUUUCCUAUUUUUUAUAUAUAAAGUAGAUAUUGAGAACUGUCGUGUAUAUAACAGUAAUGUAGCAAUAAAUGUGCCAUUUUGAAUAACAAAAUA